GUUUGCAACGCAUUUGAAGUCAUACUUUACUUAUCUUGGGUUUCGAUUUUUGAUUUACAAGGGUCGGGGAGCUGUGCAUUGUUAAUUGAAGUUGCACUAACAUCUCCUCCCCUCAAGUUUCUCUCCCAGAUCCUUUUUAAAGAGAGAUCUUAGCAAUUGUUAGUCGAGUGGACCACCAUUACCGAGGCUCACGCAUGUUUUCUUAUUUGCAUGAUUACAAUACAUCUACGAGUUGUCAGCAAAUUAUUUGAUGACUGAGGGUUACGUGUUUUUAAAGUCAUAGCAGCUGGUCGGCUUUUUAUUGGUUUACUUUUUAAUCAACAACUGGUCGAAUAUAAUACAUGCUUGACGACUCAGUUGCGGACGUCACUCUUGCUGAUUUCCAGAUAUUAGAGUCACCCUGCGCCGAUGUUCCGUUUGACCGUGGCCCUCAGUUCCAUUUAAAUCUCCAGUGUCGUACAUGUGAAUCAUUUAAAGAAACGUUUGUCUGCUGUGAUUGUGUUAGGAAGGAUUCCAUAUUCUCGAAGAAAUCCGGAAAACUUAGCUUUCCUCAAAAUUCUGAUCGGAUUGUGGCAGUCCGUAAAUCGGUUAAUGACUUAAAUAGAAAGAUUAAAGUAUAUGAACCCAUACUGUUCAAAUCUGUGUUUCACACUUUUGGUAGAAUUGAAGAAUUGAAUGCUCAGAUUUCUUCUCUAGAACAUACGAUCGAGUUUCUUACUAAAAUGAACGUAGAGAAACGCAAAAAGCUACAACGUGUUCGACAAGCAAUGACACGAUGCCAUACCGCAUCCCAGCAACUUCUAAAGCAGCGAGCUAAUUUGGUUCGGCAUUUUAUCACAGUUGCACAGAGAAAAAAGUUAUUGGUAGCUGAUCUUGAUAUAGUAAACAGGCAGAUCAAGCACGUACAUGAUACUUAUUUUGAAGAGUUGCUUGGAGUUUAUUUCGUGACCGACCUGUCGACUGAUGGUUUAUCUCCGGAUAGGUUUGUUUGUUCACCUCUACAUAUCGAUAAAGAGAACAUUUUUGCAGGCCCUGAACCCACCCCAUCCAGUCAUACUGCUUUAACAUAUUGCUCAGUAGCAAUAAGGGUUUCAACUAUCUUGUUAGAUGUUUGGUUGCCGGUCUCCAUUCGCCGCAAUUUGCAUUUGGUUGGUUCUUUUUUGUCUGCAUUACCUCAGAGGGAUGAUAUGGGUCGUGUGUAUUUCGCAGUCAUUCAUGCUGUUCACCUGUUAUGCCAAUGCCGAGGGAUUGAUAUAAAAAAUGGAUUAGAACAACUUGGGAUAAACGUAAUUCCUGGACGGCACACAUUUUACAAUCCAUUAUUUGGAUUAUAUUGCCUUGGGCAUCUGGUCAGUCACAAUAAUAAGUCUACUAGAUACUUUGACGAAUGUUACAAUAUAAAACUAGAUGGGCUUUUUGGAAAGAUUCCAUCAUUAUCUUUAAUGAGUCAUCCUACAGUUUCAUUUAGUUCGCCGUGUUUUGUAGAGAAAGGCGAAGAAGUGGAUGAGAUGUUUGGUUUAUCAAACGAUGAUAGUUUAACUUUAAGUGACAAACAAGUGAAUAGGUUUGCUUUAUGUAGAGCAAGUAGUUCCGACUAUGUUCAGUCAUCCAAUAAACUCGAAGAACACGACUCGUCUGUUAGUUUAGAAUGUUGGGAACUAGUUUCUGUGACCUCACCAGUAGAAUCUAAAUCUUGUGAAACUACACUGAUCAAUGCCGGGUUUAUGGAUUCAACGCAAUAUCCUGGUCCACUUUCGAAAGUUUGGCGUCUAGCGAAAGGGAUCAUGGGAACUUCAGAACCUAGUGAUUGUGACGAAUAACGUGGAAAAAUAGAUCGUGACGAAACUUUGUUUAUUGUUUUUCAAACCACAGUCUUUCAUGAAGCAAACUUGCAGAAUCUUUAGUCUUUCAACAUUUUAAUUUGUAAAAUAAAAUUCAGAAAACAACGACAUUUUACCCAUUAUUGUAUUUAUUUCAAUAAGAUUUAUUUUGAAUUCUGUUCCUCUUGAACUAAUCAACUAAGGCGAAGUAUUAGGAAAAAUGAACAGCUUGAUGUACAUGUAAAUAGUAUAGAUAUUUGGUUCAUUUGCUCAGUAUAUGUUCAUGUACUCCUGAGUCAUAUUUUGUAGUGAUAACUAGUGAUACUAACCUGCUGCCCAAAUCGGAUUCUUAAUCCACUGGUUGAAGGUACAUUGUACACACAAAUGGGUAAUCAUGGAUUCAUGUAUUCUGAUCGGGGUGUGACCCCCUAAGAAAUCCACCUGUUUCGGUUUGGGCACCCGGGCAGUAUCACAGCCCUCACACAAAUCAAUUGAGAUUCGUGCGGCGCAUAUGUAUUUGGUGCCUCCUUGUACCAAUACCUAUAUGUUAAAAUAAAUACAUGUAUUCUCUUAGGUCUUCGUCAGGCUUUACUCUAAUAUACCUUAACAUUUAUAUGCAUAUACGAAAUUAUUAAACUAAUCAAAGCAGUUUAUGAGUCAGUAAUAACAGUGGAAUAGAUCACAUAAGUAAAGAGUACAAAUUCAUAGUAUUUGUAUUCAUAAGUGUUAUAACUUGUGACCUGUGCACCCUGUUAAUGUAUAACAUAACGAUGCCUCCAAUUAGAGCAGUGAAUUAUCGAUCGAACUAGUGACGCAUAAAACAAGUACGAGCAGUCUAGAAUCCUUAUCGGUCCUGCUUCUUGCCUAGCCCAACCAGUUAAGUCCAGAACACCGAUCUCAGCCUUUGCAAUAUGAAUCAUUUUUUUUCAAACGUACUGGGUUUAUAUACCAACCAUCCAGAGCACAUCGUACCAAUAAGAUAAGAAACAACAUUUAUACAAGAUUUGGCCAAAUGUGGCUGUGAAUGUGGGAGGUAGUGAUUAAUAGACGGCAUAAUUCAAGAAUGGUAAAUCGUAUAAUAAUAGUUCAUAGGUCAAAAUAAAGCUUAUAAUAAGACGGACAUGAAUAUGAAUAGUUUAGUUAGUUAACAAUUAUACGAUAAGAAUAUACGUUUAGUACUGGUCCAUAAAUGGAUCCCAAGAACUUACCAUUCAUAAUGCUUAUCGGAACAUAAUGAAUUUGUAACAUCUUGAUCUCUUCCUUGGUCGAUAUAGCCCUAAUAAAUGAUCUCAAUAAUUAUUUUGCGUACCUUUUGUUCGUUUAUUUCUCUUCAUCCCCUCCGAAUCAUUUUAUCCAAAUAAACACUUCAUUGUUCAAUUAUCUGAACACUUCUUAUUAAAUAAUCCUCUAGUUUUUAUGAAUGCUAUCUCAAUGUCUAUAUUUCUCAAGUUAUUGACCUAUUUCCCAUUAUGAAACAUGGAUUCAAGCCCUAGUACAUCUGUCAUAACUCUAUGAAUUUGUAUUUUACUUAUGUGAUCUAUCCUACUGUUAUCACUGACUCAUAAACUGCAUUGAUUAGUUUAAUAAUUUCGUAUAUACAUAUAAAUAUUACUGUAUAUUAGAUUAAAGCCUGAUGAUGAUGAAAACAAUGUUGUUCGCUUGUUGUUGUUCCAAUUCAUAAUAUGGGAACUUUUAAAAUCCAUAUAUUGUAAAAGUGUCCAUUUGUAUAGUUCAGUACCUACUUAUUAUUUUGGUUAAAAUAAAUGAUUACUAGUGUGCC